AAUAAAUUUUUAUUAUUAUUACUAUUUAUGGUAGUUAUCAUUAAAUGUUGUUUUUGUUUUCGUUCAAAAAGUUUUGAUCAAUAUUCGAAUGGUUAUCUUGAUCCAACAAUUCAUCAAUAUCAAUAUCAAAUUGCGGAAAAUUUUCUAUUCAACCACGUACAAUCAUUAAUGAUUCGAAAUUUUGAACAAUUUCGUUCAACAAUUAAUAAUAAUUUAAACGAAAGUUUUAUUCAAUCUAUUAAUGAUCGAUAUUGUUUAAAAAUUUUAAAUUUAACCCUUUCACAACCGUUUGAAACUGAAUGGUCAGCAAAAUUGAUUGAUUCAAGUUCGGGAUCAUUUUUCGGCUCUGGAUUAUUAUCCGGUACAUUUACAAAUUUUGGUGAUUUUGAUUCUUGUCUUAGUAUCGAUAAUCGACAACAUUUAUCAAAUUCGACAAUCGAUAAUGAUCAAGAUAUAUCAACGAUUGAAUUUAUUGGUAAAUAUUGUUUUGCUACAAUACGUUUACCAAAUCAAGUGAAGCAAUUUCCAUCGAUAAAUUUUGAAUCAUCAAAUUCAAAACUUUUAAGCAACAAUGAAAUUUGGAAACAAUCAUUAUUGGAACGUUGGUUACAGGCAAAUCCACGAUAUCCAUUGGCUAAUGCAUUAUGUUUACCAUCGGUUUGUGAUGAAAAAUUCAUUGGCAAUUUGAUUCAGAAUGCAUUCAAACCAUUACAUGAAACUAAUUUUGAUAUUGAAUUUUGUCAAACAAAAUUGGAUUCAUCAUUUGAUGAUUGGUUUAAGAUAAAAAUUAUUUUAAGUGUAAUAAUGAUCAUUAUAUUAGCAUUGAUUAUUUUGGCUACAAUAUUGGAAAUUUAUCAAUUUCAAAAUGAAACAUAUAAAUCAAUGCAAAUAAUUCAUUGUUUUUCGCUAUGUUCAAAUUUUCGUUCAUUAUUUGUAAUAAAAAAUCGAAUGGAAUAUCCAUGGAUCGAUGGUUGGCGUGUAUUUUUAACAUUAUUUGUUCUUUUAGCACAUGUUUCAAUUAAUCAAGGUGUGCUACAACUAUUACCAAUAUCACCAUUUGUACAUUUUCCCGAUGAUUAUCAACGACAAACAACACCUAUAAUCAAUCGAUAUUUAGUGAAUAGUACAUGGACUAUUAAAUCAUUUUUUAUGAUGAGGUUUUAAUCAUUUUUCGUUUGUUUCAGUGGUUUUUUAUUGGCACAAAGUUUUUUAAAAUCAAAAAAUUUACCAUCAUUUGGUCGUUAUGUAUUGUCGAGAUGGUUACGUUUUACACCAUGUUAUAUUGGUUAUAUAAUGUUUACAAUAAUAUUAGGUUUUAUUGGUAAUGGACCAUUAUUUCAUGAAAAAAUUAUUGAAUCAUAUUUAAAACCAUGUAUAAAUAAUUUACCAUAUCAUCUUUUGUAUAUGAAUAAUUGGCUUGAUUUUAGACAAAUGUGUGGCUUUCAAACAUGGUAUCUUUCGGUUGAUUUUCAACUUUACAUAAUUUCAUUCAUUGUAUUAUCAUUAUAUUAUUAUAAUUUUACACGUUUGGCCUUUAUAAUAACAUCAAUAUUAAUUUUAUCAUCAUAUUUAAUAACAAUGGCUUUAUUUAUAUUUAAAUUACAUGGAAUACCGUUCUUCAUUUCAGUUCUAUAUCCACAAUUGCCUCUAGGUGAUCGUGGUUAUCUCCUGUAUUGGACAGCUACCUAUAAUCAUUUUGAAGCAUAUUUUUUUGGUAUUACAAUCGGUGUUUUGGUAAAUAAAAAAAUUACCUUAAAUUUAUCAAAGGUUUCAAUAAGAAAAUUAUUUCUAUUAAGUUUGGCAAUAUUAAUGAUUAUACCACAAAUAUUUCCAUUAUUUUUCUUUGAUUAUCAACAACAACGACCAUUAGCUGAUUUACUUAGUAGCUAUUCAUGGUCUAAUGCAUUGAUUAUAACUAUUUCGAAUCUCUUGUGGAUUUGUUCAAUAUCAUUUAUGUUCUAUUUAUCAUCAACAUAUCCAAUAAUUAUAAAUGAAAAUAUUUUUAUCAAAACAUUAUCAUCACAUUGUUUUGUACCAUUAGCAAGAAUUUGUUUUGCAAUAUAUUUGGUUCAUGUACCAUUAACAUGGUUUAUUGUACAUCAGACACGUUUUCCACAAUUAAGAAAUGAAUUUGGUACUUUACAAUUCUGUUUUCUUCUCAUCAUUCUAUCGGUUCUUGCUGCUAUUAUUAUACAUCUUUUUAUCGAGCUUCCUUUUGCGAAAUUAAUUCGAUUAUUUUUAUCAUCAUCAUCUUCAUCAAAAGCAACAACAACAACAACAAAAAAAUCACAAACAAUGAAUGAAAUUAUUGUACUUAGCCAGAAAAACAAUAUAACCGAUACAAGUGCUUGAUAUUCAUUGGCAAACACGAAAAAAAGAUAAUUCUUUUCCACCAAAAUUGUUAAAAUGAAAAAAAUCUCAUUUCAUCACAUUUUUUUUUUUGCUGCACAAGAUUUACAAA